AUUCUGUUAUCAUCUUGGGGAUCCAACCAGCUACCGGCGACUAUUAACCAGUUAAAUCGGUGGCGUUAGCUGUUGAAUUAGUGAUUAAAUGGCAGAAUUCAUGGUCAUCGGAGUGAUCGGCGCUGGCCAAAUGGGCUCCGGGAUAGCUCAGCUGGCGGCGGUUGCCGGUGCCGAUGUACGACUACUCGACAAAGACGCUGAAGCUCUCCUCACUGCCAAGAGGUCUAUCUCCGACUCAGUUCAACGUUUUGUCUCCAAAGGUCAACUUUCCAAGGAGAGAGGGACUGAUGCUGUAGCUCGUGUGAAAUAUACUUCGAAUCUAGAAGAUCUUCAAUCUGCAGAUAUUGUAAUCGAAGCCAUCGUUGAAUCUGAGGAUGUGAAGAAGAAACUGUUUGCAGAAUUAGAUAAGAUUGUUAAAGUGUCUGCCAUUUUAGCAUCAAAUACAAGCUCCAUCUCCAUUACUCGUUUGGCAUCUGCAACAAAACGACCACACCAGGUGAUUGGCAUGCAUUUCAUGAACCCUCCUCCCAUCAUGAAACUUGUUGAGAUUAUCCGAGGUGCACAAACAUCAGAUGAGACUUACAACAAGACAAAAACUUUGGCUGAGAGAUUCGGAAAGACUGUUGUUUGCUCAAAGGAUUAUUCGGGUUUCAUAGUGAAUCGAAUCUUAAUGCCAAUGAUUAAUGAAGCCUUUUACACACUUUACACUGGUGUUGCAACAAAAGAAGACAUAGAUGCAGGAAUGAAACUAGGAACCAAUCAACCAAUGGGGCCUCUACAGCUGGCAGAUUUUAUUGGGCUCGAUCCUAAAAAGGGGAAACCUAAAGAGAAACCAGUGAAAGAAAGUAAACCCAAGGAGAAAGAGAGUAAACCUGUUGAGAAAGAAAGCAAGGAUGAAAAGAAGACAGAGUGA